AUGGUUGGGUCUAGGCUCCAGAAGCGUCCUCUUUCAGAGUUUCCUAACGACGAUAUCUUAGCAGGGGAGUUCUGGAGUAUGGCGUGGGGUCAAGAAACGUUUGCCCCCUUUGACGUUGAUGUCGUACGAGAUGGUACCUUGUUUGCUAACUUGGACGAACCAAUUCCUGCAACCUGCCGACUGAUCAAGGCUCACCCUUUCAUAUCUAAGCAUUUGGAGCAUGUGGUGUUACGCGAUGAGUAUGUUGAGGCCUUAGAUGCUUUCACGGUGCUUUCCAGGGAAGUACCCAACGGUAGUAUAAUUACGGUCGGUCAUCCUGGCAUAGGCAAGACAAUAUUCCUAUUUUAUGUCCUGACGUAUCGGCUCCGGCGUGGUCUAUCCACCUUCUACCAGAAGAAUGCGCAUUCCGUCCUUUACUUCCAUAAAUCCGGCGUCUACAGAAUCCCAGCCGAUCAAGAGCCGUACUCCGUGGACUGGGAAUCGGAUGAUAUUUGGUCGUUGGUCGACUCAAAUCGCACGGUGAAGGGACCCGGCGAGCUCAUAGGAGGUAAACACUCAGGAUGGUUCCUCAUUGAAGCCGCUUCUCCCCAUCGCGAGCGGUGGAGUGGGUGGCCAAAGUACAAAGGCUUCGUGGACUUUUUUUAUAUGAAACCUCCGAGUUUUGCGGAAAUCGUCAUGAUCCGUCCACACCAGAAGGAAUACGUAGGAACCGAACAAGACUUGUACCAAUUCUAUCAGACGUAUGGCCCAUCGAUCCGUUAUGCUUUCCAAUACGCUUCCCCCAGUCUCAUCUCGAGGUACCAGACAGCUGUUGAGAGCACACUCGAACACUUGAAUUAUGAGCGCCUCCUACAGGAUGUCCAAGAUGCUAAAAGGCUGAAUAUGGAGGAAGGCUCCCACGACAUCUUCAUCGUAGAGCCGUCCAGCGACAACAGAAGGAAAUACGUCGUCUCUGUGGUCACUGACGAGAUUAUGAAGAUGGUGUGGGAGAUGCAUCUGAGAGGUGAACCUCAGCGGAUUGCAGGAUUUGCCGCAUUGUUCGCUGGUCAACCUUCCUCAAGGUCCACUAUAGGAUGGAUCAUCGACACGCAUGUGCACCCUAUUUUGCUGCAGGCUGGGACACGGCUGUUCCACCCGAUGCAAGGCUUGACAUGGCUAUUCCACCCGAUGCAGGGCUUGACUUGGCUAUUCCACCUGCAAGGCUUAGUCGAGUGCGCAAACGUUCACUACGCGUACCCCGACGCGACUGCCGUGCAGUCCCCCAACAUCGAAGUGCAGAUCCCUGACCUCCGUCACCUUUUCUUCUCGAUGAACGAUCCGACUACGGACUUCAAACUCAACCAUUACUAUCAGUCCAAGGAAAAGAAUAACGCGACGUUCGACGCGCUUACGUUCACGCAGGAGAAUGGCCAAAACUACGUCACAGUGUACCAGGUUAUGCUGGCGAAGGAACACGGCGUCAGCGAGGAGGGAUUGAGGUUCUUAGACAAAUACCUGGAUCUACCGAAUGGAACUACAUCUAUCCCGAAGCCGCGUAUCCGCUACGUGUUGGUCAUGCUACAGGGUGAGGAGGUGACAAGCGCUUUCCCAAGGUAUUGGGUUGAGAAGUGGGAGGGCAUAUUGGACGUAUACGCCCUAGAGAUUGAAUUGUAA